AUGUCGUCCAGGAUCUUUCUUCGACAAUCAUGGAAAACAGCCCGCUCCGCGAAGCGUGUUGUUCCAUCCCUCUCAUCCCCCGCACGACGAUGGGGAAGCUCUAUAUCCCAGCGCCCAGGGUCAGACCGCGUUCUUUUUCCAGGGGCUGUUGAUAGCAAGUUCACAACCGACAUGUCCUUUCUCAAAGCCUCCGACCUCCCCGCUAUCCCUACCUACCGAGUCAUGGAUUCCAAUGGUGAAUUAGUCGACAGCUCACGCAAGCAGCCGAAUGUAUCGAACGAGCAGGUACUCGAAUGGUACAAGAAUAUGUUGUCAGUGAGCGUUAUGGACGUGGUGAUGUUCGAAGCCCAGAGGCAAGGUCGACUGAGCUUCUACAUGGUUUCUGCCGGCGAAGAGGGAAUUGCCGUUGGCUCUGCCGCAGCUCUGACUCCCGAUGAUGUGGUCUUCGCCCAGUAUCGCGAGGCAGGUGUCUUCCAACAGCGCGGAUUUACUAUCAAGGAUUUCAUGGGACAGUUGUUCGCGAACGUGAAUGAUACUGGAAAAGGCCGAAACAUGCCUGUUCACUAUGGUCAAAACUAUCCUCGCAUGCAUACCAUCUCAUCCCCUCUCGCCACCCAAAUUCCCCAAGCUUCUGGUGCAGCUUAUGCCCUCAAAAUCCAAGAUCAGCAGAACCCAGAUCGCUCACCUCGUAUUGUCACUUGCUACUUCGGUGAAGGUGCUGCCAGCGAGGGCGAUUUCCACGCCGCUUUGAAUAUCGCCGCAACUCGCUCUUGUCCAGUCGUUUUCGUUUGCCGGAAUAACGGGUUUGCCAUCUCUACGCCCACAUUGGAACAAUACCGUGGCGACGGAAUUGCCAGUCGAGGUGUUGGGUACGGCAUCGACACCAUCCGGGUCGAUGGAAACGACAUCUUCGCGGUCUACGAAGCGAUGGAAGAGGCUCGCCGAAGAGCAUUGAGCGAUGGUGGUCGACCAGUUCUGAUUGAGGCGAUGAGCUAUCGUGUCUCGCACCACAGCACCAGCGACGACAGCUUUGCAUACCGCGCCCGUGUGGAGGUCGAGGACUGGAAGCGUCGCGACAACCCUAUCAUUCGACUGCGUAAGUGGCUUGAAAACAAGGGGCUUUGGAGCGAGGAUCAAGACAAGGAGUUGCGAGACUCGCUUCGCAAAGAUGUCCUGAAAGAGUUCGGCGAGGCUGAGCGCGAGAAAAAGCCCCCACUCCGUGAAGCCUUUGCGGAUGUCUAUGAGGAGAUCACCGAGGAGGCCCGGGAACAGAUGAAAGAGCUUAAGCGUAUUCUGGAGACAUACCCUGAUGAAUAUGACCUGCGGCCAUACAAGGAUGGGGCCAAAGGGCUCGAUUAG